UAUUUGGAGUUGAGGGCCUGAGACUGAAAACAUAUGCAGCCUCACCCUCCGUGAGCCAGCGAAUUCUGUGUUCAGAACUUGAAUGCAGUGGACGAGAGAACUGUGUCUUUGAAAUCAGAGAAGACUUGGAAUGACUGUAGAACCCGGGUGGACGCGCCAGAGGCAGAUGGACAGCAGCACGAAGCAGCCUCUUUAUGGCCCGUAAGGUCACCUUCGAGAGUUCCACAUACGUUCCCUGUACACCCUGCAGCCGGGGGCUGGGGACCAGGAGCCGUGGAGCUGGGAACCUGCGGGGGAGGUCGGAGCUGGGGCACCUCCCAAGUCCCUCCUGCUGCACUCAAUACCGGGAUUGGACAAAGAGAAGUGUGUCUGCCAGGCUCGCCAGCCCAAGUCACAAGAUUGCGAGUAUCAUGCAGCACCCUGGAAUUCCUACAAAAACUCAGCAGAACGGGUACGCCGCCCGCCACGCGGAAACGGCCGUGUACCGGACUUUCCAGAUAAAAACGUUUAGUACAGAGUUGAAAAACCAUGUGAUGGUCAUGGAUUUCGUGAAGAGCAACUGGUUUCCCUCCCAGAGAAGAGCCAAAGUUUGUAUCAUCCAUAUGUAUCAAGGCCUGAAGACAGCUGAGCAGACAGCCAGCAGACAUGAGAUCCAUAGUCGGCUCUUCUCAUCCCCGAAAGAUCACGCUGCCUGGGAAAGAAAUGAAAGUCUUUCGCACGCAGGAUUACGGGACAAUCAGUACAGCACAAACGAUCAAAUUGCCCUUAAAAGUCUCCAGUCUGAAGUUACAGAGAAGAAACCUGACUUCGCCAAGGAGACACUGGCAUCACAGAACACAAAAAUGAUUUCAUCCAUAGUCAUUUCACAGCUGAUUGAUGAGAAUAAAUCAAAAGAAAAUGGGGCUGCCUUGCCUGUGCCAUGUGCACUGGCUCAGCCUCACGCAUGUCCCAUGAGGCGCUCUCUGGCUAAUCGCAGCGGAGUCACCAUUGAUAGGGCCUUCGCCUUCCUUCCCAGCAGAUCAGGAAUUCAGACGCCGCCGGUGAGGGCAGGAGGACCUGAGGCAGAGCCUCCCUCCAGAGAGAAGCCAUGCAGCCGCCCCCAAAAGGGGUUUGCCUCCAUCACCAUCACAGCCAGGCGUGUGGGCCCCCCGACCAGCACCCUGGUGUGGGGGGCUGUGCGAGACCCGCUUUGCACCAAGUGCAGGACUCAAGGCACUCUGCUCGGGGACCCCUCCGCUCUGGCCGGUGGUGCUGAUCAAUGUCGGCACAGUGGACCUUUCGCGUGCACGGAAUUCUCCAGAAACAGCUCUGUGAUGAGACUGACGUUCCCUGAGGCCCACGCGCGGCUGUGUGACGGACACAAGUACUGGGUCGCCGAUGUGGACGACAGACAGAGCAGGCUUUCCCCAGGCGCCCCGCAGCCAGGAAAGAGCCCACUGGUGUUCAGUUCCUGCGUCCAUCUCAGGGUGUCUCAGCAGUGUCCAAACUCCAUCUACUAUCUAGACAGGUCCCUCUCUGUCCCCAUCGAGCAACCUCCGCUGGCGGGCCCGAAAAUGCACAGAUCCGUCCUGUCGCUCAACCUAAAUUGCAGUUCACACAGAUUGACACCAGAUGGAGUAGAUGGCACAGCUAACAGAGUGCCGAUGAGCAGCGCCCUCAAGCAGGAGCUCCUGGAGAAAAGCCGGAGCCCCCUGGGUCCGCGCUGGAACCCCAGCAUGCAAGACAGUUUCUUCAAGGGGAACCCGUCGUUGGGGCGGCUGCAUUUGGGGACCGGCUCAUGUCCUUGGAGUGGCUCCCCUCCAUUGGAACAUACAGAAUUCGCAGGUGUGGGGACACACCAGGUCACUGUGCAGAAGGAGGAGGACCAUGCAACUCGAUGUCACGCCAGCCUUCGCGCCAAGCAGCUGUCCAUUCACAUCCCUGGCUGGAGUUACACGGCAGUAGAAACAAAAGUAUUUUCUGGAAGCAGCGAGAAGCAGCGAGAAGCCCGUGUGACUUUGUCUGCUCCCCCAGUGGAACUGAAGGUGGUUAAAGAGUUUCUUCCCGAUGGGCAUAGCUCUCCAAGCAACAGCUGUCAGUCUAGCAGCCUUUCUGAGCCCGCAGAGUCUCAACAGCAAAGCUUCCUGAAACCCAGCCUCCUUUUACCUGGGUUUCUUGGCCCCUUACAAGAUGUAUGCACAUCUCCACAGGAAGACAAUGGUGCUCAGAUAGAAAGAGAGUCCCCCAGAGGAGAUUACACAUGCUGUGACUUGGUUGUAAAAAUAAAGGAAUGCAAGCAAAGAGAGGACUCCGCCACGUCUGAACCCCAGCCAGCAGCGCCCGCGCCAGCACCCUCCAAGGAGCCAAACACCCCUGACCUGCAGGAAGACUGUUCCGAGUGCCAGCAAACACCUGUAAGCUCUUUGACCUUGCAGGAGGCGCUGGAAGUCCGUAACCCUCAGUUCAUCUCUCGCUCGCAAGAACGGCUGAGGAAGCUGGAGAACAUGGCACAACAGAGGCGAGCCCAGCAGAAGGGGGACCAGGGCCAGAGGCAGGGCCUCCUUCCCGUCCGCGCCCACAAGAAGCAGUUCACCAUCCCCCAUCCUCUUAGUGAUAACUUGUUCAAACCCAAAGAAAGGUACAUUUCAGAGAAAGAGAUGCACAUGCGAUCGAAAAGGUACUUGGCGAUCGUGUGA